AUCUGUGGUUCUAACCUUCAUAAUUCUGUAAUCUGUGGUUCUGCUGCCCGAUUAUGUUUUUAAUUUAGUUGAACACUGUUAGGCCAAAGACAUAAUACAAUAUAUAUGUAUUGUGCUGAAUACUAAAAUACUUACUAUUAAAACUAUUACUUACCAAAAUGAAGCCUGCCGAAAAUCCUAUCGAAGGUAGCACAAACAUUUCUGUUGAUGAUACAAUUCAAGUUAUCAAAAAGGAAGACGAGAGAUUUUAUACAUGUAAAGUCGAACCAGGAAAUUUGGAUGUUAUAGAAGAAUUUAUUGAUCAAAGACUAGUCUACAACAAAGAAGUAUUCACAGCCAAAACUGAAAGUAGUAGUGGAUCAUCUGAACAAAGUAUUUCUUGUGACUUCAAAACAGAGGAAAACAGUGAUGAUGAAAGAAAUUUCCCAUUAACCCCUAAACACGAGAUUGAUGAGAAAAUUAUUGAUUCACAGCAACAAGAUCUAUUUUGUGAGAACUCUACUCAAAAUGAAGAUCAACCUAAUAUUGACAGUGCUCAUUCUAAUUCAAAGCCUCAUAAAUGUCACCUAUGCGAUUUUACAGCAAAACGCAAAACUCACCUUCAAAGACAUAUAGAAUCUGUUCAUUUGGAUUUGAGACCACACAAAUGCCAAAUUUGUGAUGCUUCUUUUAAUCGAUAUUCUAAUCUUGAGGCACAUAUAAAACAUAUUCAUUCAGAUUUGAAAGAGCAGUGUCAUAUGUGCGAUUAUGAAACCAAUUGGAAAAAAUGUCUCAAAACACAUAUAGAUUCCGUUCAUUUGAAUUUAAAGCACCACAAGUGUCACUUAUGUGAUUUUAGUGCGAAUCAGAAAGUUACUCUUAGGGCUCAUAUAGAUGCUGUUCAUUUGAAUUUGAGGCAACAUAAGUGUCACUUAUGUGAGUUCAGGUCAAAUAAGAAAUUUUCUCUUAGGGCUCACAUAGAUGCUGUUCAUUUAAAUUUCAGGCAGCACAAGUGUCAUUUAUGUGAUUUUAGUUCAAAUCGCAGAUUUCACCUUAAAAGACAUAUAGAUUCAGUUCAUUUGAAUUCAAAGCCAUUUAAGUGUGACCAAUGUAAUUUUGCAACUCAUCAGGGUUUUCAUCUGAAAAAACAUGUAGAUUGUGUUCAUUUGAAUUUGAAGGCUCAUAAAUGCGACUUAUGUGACAAGGCUUUCUCUAAGAAAUGUACUCUUAAACGUCAUUUAGAUUCUGUUCAUUUCAAAAUCAAGCCACUUAAAUAUGUUCGGGUUUUCAAAGAGGAAGAAGAGCAUCUUGAAACAUGUAAGGUUGAAGCAGUAGAUAUUGUCGAAGAAUUUAUUGAUCAAACUCAAAACUACAACAAAGGAUUAUUCAUAGCCAAAAAUGAAAUUGAUGGCUCAUCCGAACAAGGUAUUUUUCAUGUCAUCAAAAUGGAGGAAAACAGCAAAGAUAAAAGAAGUUGCCAAUUAAUCUCCGAACACAAGAUUAAUGGUGAAGUUAUGGAUUCACAACAAGAUUGUCUAUUUUGUAAGUUUUCUUUUCAAAAUGAAUUUGAGCUAAAUAUUCAUUUAAAUACUGUCCAUCUUAAUUCAAAACCACAUAAAUGUGACAAAUGUGAUUAUGCUACAAAUAACAAAUCUUAUCUGAAAACACAUGUGGAUUCUGUUCAUUCGAAAUUGAAGAAGCACAAAUGUCAUUUAUGUGAUUUCGAAACCAAUUGGGAAAGAAGUCUCAAAAAACAUAUAGACUCUAUUCAUUCGAAUAUGAAGAAUUAUCAGUGUCAUAAAUGUGAUUUCGAAACCAGUUGGAAAAUAUGCUUCAAAAGACAUUUAGAUUUUGUUCAUAAUUUGAAGCAAUAUAAGUGCGAAAUAUGUAAUUAUGCUUCGAAUCAGAAAACUCAUCUCGAAUCACAUAUAAAUUCUAUGCAUUCAAAUCAAUCAAAGCAUCAAUGUCAAAUAUGCGAUUUUGAAACCAAUUGGAAAAAUGGCCUCAAAACACAUAUAGAAUGCGUUCAUAUGAAUAUUGAAGAGCAUAAGUGUCACUUAUGUGAUUUUGGCUCAAAUAUGUAUUCUUCUCUGAAAUCACAUAUAGAUUCUGUCCAUUUGAGUUUGAAGCAACACAAGUGCUACUUAUGUGAUUUUAGGUCUUAUAAGAGAGCUAUUCUCAAAGCUCAUAUAGAGUCUGUUCAUUUAAAUUUAAACCAGUGUCCCUUAUGUGAUUUUAAGACAAAUCGCAAGUUUGACCUCAAAAGACAUAUAGAUUCUAUUCAUUUGAAAUUAAAGCCAUAUAAGUGUGACAUGUGUGAUUUUGCUGCGAAUCAGAAGUCUCAUCUGAAAGGACAUGUGGAUUCUGUUCAUCUGAAUUUGAAGCUGCAUAAGUGUCAUUCAUGUGAUAAUUCUUUCAAUGAAAAAUCUACACUUAGACGUCAUUUGAAGUCUGUUCAUUCUAAGUUAGAAGUGAAUAAUUAAAAUUUUCACAAAAUUUACGAAAUUUAUGUAUGAAUAUGUGAAUGAUUUUUAUACAGAUGUUCCUAAAUUGGAAGUACAUUUCAAGAAAAAAAGUCCUACGAACAUGGACCAGCA